AUGCAAACGGAAAUCAAGAAAACGAUCGAUACGACAAAGAUGUUCAGCAAUAUAGUGGAAGUGAGUGCUGCCAACCAUCAGUUCUGGUUCACUAUAUUGCUUCCCAUGUUAUGCCAUACCCGAGACACUCAUCAGCCCCUCAAUCCUCUGCUCAUGAAAGACGGCUUUCUUAUGGCUAAGUGUCAUUGGUGCGAAACGCAUAAGGAUUGCGAGAGAUUACGUCUGAUGGACUUAUUAGUGAAACCUAUGCAACGCUUAACCAAAUAUUCAUUACUUCUUAAGGCUAUACUCAAGAAAACGGAUUCCGAGGAACAAAAGCUCGCCCUAAAGAGAAUGAAUGAAUGUGUGGAGCGUUUUGUGUAUGGAGUCGAUGCCACUCUCCGUCGACAACACGAACAGCAGAAGUUGUCGUCUAUAGUGACCCGAAUCGAGAGCUACGAUGUGAUCGAUUGCAGCAAUGAUGAGGCAGAGAAGCUUCUCAAAGAAUACAUUCAUUUGGAUUUAACGCAACCAAUGAGUGGUUGUUCUCCUCAUUUCAUAAGACAUUUAUUAGUGGAGGGAUCUCUCAAACUGAAGGACUCGCUCGCCAGCAAAGUAGACGUUCACUGCUUUCUGUUCACUGAUUUACUCUUAAUAUGCAAAUCAGUGAACAAAAAAAGUGGUGACAAAGUGCGAGUGAUUCGCCAGCCAUUCAUAAUUGAUAGGGUAGUCACUCAAGAGCUGAAAGACGGCACCGGUUUUGUACUCUUGUAUUUGAAUGAGUUUAGAGUCGCAAACGCUUUACUCAUUCUCUACUCGAGUGACACCAAGACAUGGAUUGAUUACAUCAGGAAAGCUCAGGAUCUCUACAGACACACCAAAAACAUUUCGAUCGCAUCGGAGGCACAGGAAGUGACAUACUUUCGCACUCUGGAGGACGACGAGGACUACGAGUUCCCAUCGAUGGCACUGUUGGCCGCAUCCCCUCGCAGUUCGAGCCGAUCCUCACUCGUUCACUCCCACAGCGGAUCCGUUGACAUGAGUGACACCACAUCCAGUGGCACCUCCCUGGCAGUGAUAGCACCCGUACCCACACCCAACUAUCUCCAGAAUCCAGAUCAUGCACAACAGCCCCCUCGAGCCGUUAGCUUUGAAUUGGGAGAACUCCGAAAUCCAAGUCUCAAUGUCGACGACUCGGACUCUUUUGGUAGAUCUAAUAGUGUUGACAAUCGAUCGCCGGUUGCGGUGACCAUCACAUCUCCCCGACCGGAAAGGCGUGCGUUUCUGUUGAGAAACGUCAAGAAUAAUAGCCCUAUAAUUACCCAUCAGUACAGUCUAUAUCCAAACACUUUAUCAGUGAACGUGCCAUUAGGUUAUCAUCCUAUGAGUGAUUACAAGCAAAGUCUUAAAUCUCCGCCAUCUGUACCAUCCAUUCAAAUACCCGUUCAUUCGUCGCCAACAAAACUCAUCACUCCAUCGACUGUCCGCUCACUACCUCCACGUCCGACAUCACCCACAAUACUGAGUCGUUCCCUAGCAUUGAAUGCAAAUAAGCCGCCACUCAUUAAAACUAAGAACAUAUCGGGUUUACUGACCCAAUCGGCGCCGGCCAGUGAGGGGCCAUCGCCUGUACAUAGUAUUAAUAGCGAUGCAAUUAUCGAUAGUCUGAAACAACACUCGUCUAAAUCGGACGAAACCAUCGACACAACCCUUGAAAACAAUUUGGACGACUCGGAAGCGCUGAAGGGUCGCACAAAUCAGAAGAGGACGGGUAGGGCUGAGCGCCGAUACCAUACGGCGGACUCGAUAGAGCAUAUGAAGAAGGAGAAGGACUCGUCGAUCCACAAGAGGUUGUCCUGGAAUUACGGCCAACAGAGCGGCCAAACUCACGGCCAUUUUCGACACGGGAAUUCACAGCCGUGUUCUGAGUGCGAACAGUGCGGCGUUGAGAUACUCGACCACAUCCAGGAAAUGGAUGGAUAUUCCGAUUCACCCGCUGUUACGCCCAACCAUUUCGACGACCAAACCCUGCAUCAGUCCGAUGAAGACCAAACAGUCAACUCUAAUCUCAAUAUUAAUGAAUCGGACAUUAAGAUCGAUAUCAGCGAAGUCAAAGAUGGCAUCUCUUCCGUUCAGAUCCGAGUCAGCGGAACACCCAUUCAGGCGAAGCCAUCAAAGGCUGAUCUCAAAAAGAUGAAGGAAUUCCUGCUGACAAACCAUACCGUCGAGUCGUCAUGUCCUCCACCACCGCAAACAUCACUGCUAUAUAUACUAUCACCUAAUCUGUCCAUUCCUUACACUCAACCUCACAUGUCCUCAUACAUGUCCUCAUAUAUUAAAUUCUCGUAA